AUAUGCAAAAGUGCAGGUAAGCGCAGGUGCGUGGUGUGAUCUUGUGAAGAAUCUAAAUCGAAUUAUAAGAUUUUUUUCGUCGUAUGUGUAACUUUUGAUGAGACUGGAACUGAUAACAAGAAAAGAGACGAAGAUCUAUUUUAUUUAAUUGAAGACACUGUGUGGAAAUGGGACCUGAUAAUCUAUUUGGACAAAAUGAAGCUAUGCGAAAGGUUGAUAUAACAAAAGAUACAACAAAGCUUAAGUCUACAGAUAUAAUUUAUAUGAAACGUAUAGAAGAACAGAAUUUGCAAAGAGCAAAAACUGUACAGAAAUAUCGUAAAGCAAAUAAUCGUACCGCUAUUGCUUUAGGCCUUGGAGUCAUUGGAAUUUACGCUUAUACAAUAUAUUCAGUUAAACAGGAAAAAUUCUUAGACGACUUUGAAGUACCGGAAAAGACGAUUGAAAAGGCUACAUAA